GGAUUCGUAAGCUGCAUUAUAAUAAAUGUUUGCUUUUGGGUUUAAUACUGAUUUAUGACCAGUGGUUUAUUCCUCCCUAGUCACCAAUCCUUGUACCUGAAUAACUAUAAAUACUUGAGCUGCACUCAACAGCUCUUUUUCCUGUUCUUGCCUGGCAGCACAAAUUCAUCCUGUCAUCAGAAUUUCUAUAUGUGGAGCUUGUAGUAGCCAUUUGUAUGGUACAUUCAAAUGUGACAUCUGCAUCAUCAUGAGAUAUUUCAAUCACUUUAAUUAAUCUACAACACUAGGGUGGCGAUGAUAUUCUGAGUCAUGUCCAAUCCCUGGGAUGUUUUCCACUUUUUUCUUUAAAUGUGUUGGUCUGUGUAAUGUACUUAUGUUUGCCCUUAGAGUGACAGGAACAGAAGGAAGAUGACAAGAUUUAACAAAGUCUUAAUCCUCCUGAAGCUAAGAGAUUCUUAGAGAUUUGUAACUACACAUUGCAUGGUAGAAGGAAGAGAACAAACGAUAAGCAGAAGCCAGAAACAUAUGCAUCAAUGGAAACAGGCAGAUCAUUCGCUUCACUAUUUCCAAUAUCUCAAAAUCAGAUCAUCCUAUCACGUUCACAACAGGUCCUAAGAAGGCAGGAGCAGAUGAGGAAAAAAGAAGUACAACUACAAAAUCAACUACAAUGUAUCUGUCAGAGACAAAGUGAUGCCCAUAGAAGGAAUCAGGAUUUGCUAAGGGAUUUCAAAAGGAUUGAGCAAGAGCUGUCUCUACUAACUGCAAAGUCUGACAGCUUCAGGAGAAAACAGGAGAAGUACAAGAAGCAAAUGCAUCCCUUUACAUCAGAACAGUCAACAUGUGCUGCACCCAACAGUAUUGCAAGUACCAUGGGUCACGGUUACAGUAAACAGUUCAAUGAUUUUUCAGCAAAUUACAGCAAUCUUUGUGAACCUCGCCACUUUUCAGCAACUGUUGGCCAGCCUCCAAUAAAUUUUAGUCUGUAUCCAAAUCAGCAGCUAGGACUACAAGGAUGCUGCAAUCGUUCAUUGUGUUGUGGUCUUGUGCAUCCACACUGUGAUGGACAGUUUGGAAGCUUCAUACCAGAUGUAUUUAAAAUUUUAGACUCCACACUGGACUGCCAGUCACAGAAGAAAAAAUGUCCCACAUCAGACUCAUCAAUAGCCAGGGACGUCACGUUUAUUCCUAAUACUAAAAAAGACAUUGUACAACACUGUUCAGGAUUUGUUUGUGACAAGGAUAGCCCUGUAAAAUGCCAAAUCGAGCCAACCCAUGUCCAUGGAGAUCCCCUUGAAAGCAUACUAAAUAGUGAUAUGUACAGAGAUUGGAAAGAAAAGCUUUUAAAAGAAGUCCACCAAAAAAUGGUUGGAGAACAUGAUGUUGAAAUUACUGUAGAACAAUCUAAAGAAGAAGAUUCCAGUAAAAAGCAAGCAUGCUAUGUUGGUUCAUCCAAUUCCAUUUCUGAACAUCCACAACAACCUUUCAAUACUUUAUCAAAGUCACAUAUUCCUAUAGUGUCACCUCCUGCAGGAGAUCAUAAUACAAAGCUUGACUCAAAACCUGCAAGUAAAAGAAAAAACAACAAAAAGCUGAAACCUGCAUAUGAAAGCACUCCAUGUGAAGUGACUGCUGAGCAGGAUAUCGAAGAAGCACAUUGCACAGAACAGGCAACAAGCAAAGUUGACCAUCACGUGUUGAAGCCUAGCAUGAAAUCCUAUAAUGCUUCUGACAGUUUGGUAAUCACUGGAGUAGAUAUGCAAACAAGCAACUACAAAACAGUUGAGAAUAGCGACUUAGGUAUGGAUCGGUGUAAAAAAGAAAUAAAAACAAUUGACUCUUCAGGAACAGAAAGUGUAUGUGAAAAGGAAAUAGGUUAUCAAGAUACAAGCUACCUUCAUCAACAUGAAAACGAUAGAGACACACGUUUUAUGACUACUUUUCUUAGAAAGUCAUUGGAAGAAUUUGUAGAUUCAAGUGAAGAAGAAAUUGUACUUUUAAAAGGUUCAAAAGUACAGGAAAAUAAGAGCUCAAGCAGAUGCAGAACUUCAGAAGAUGAGCAGAGUCAAGAAGAGUCUAGUGAUUCAUCACACUUAUCUGUGGAGGAAAAGGGACUAGAAAUGGGAGAGCCCGGUUCGCUUAGAAAAAUGCGUCAAAAUAAACAGAGUUCUGGUGCGGGUAAUAGUUUUCUUAUAAAUCAAGAUAAAAUUAAAGAGAACAUGAACCUGUACAUGUUAGAACAAGAGGAUGAAUCCAGUGAUGAAAGUGAAAGUCAAAUGAAAGAAAUAAAGUGUGGUGAUAGAAAUAUAGGGACGCUGAAGGGGGACGGUAGACUUGCUAGUUCGGGUCUUUCAGAAAACAAUACAGGGGAUGUAGUUGGGGAAAGUGAAAGAUUCAGAGAAAUGUUAACAGAAGAAAUUGAAAAAAGUAGCAGUGAAGAAGACAAGGAAAGUGAAGAGAAGUCUGAAGCAGAAAGUUUAGUUCAUGAAGGGGUUGGCAUCUUUACAGUGAAGGAGAAAGAGAUACAAAGACAAGUCAACGAAGAGAGUGAAAAUGAGGACACUGGAGAGGAGAACAGAACUUCUGGAGAAGAUAAAAUAAGUGUGAAUAAUAGUCAAGGAAGCCCUGUAGUUAUCAUGGAUGCAGUAAUAGAUGGAAUUACUAAUGAGCAGCAAAGCGACAUUGAGGCUAAUAAAGAAAAUACGUUAGCUAAGAAAGGGGGGAACCAAACAGAAUGCGAUACAGGAAGUAACAUAAUAAGUGAAGAAGAGAUGUCUGAUAAAACAGAUAUUUCUCUUGAAGAGAAGAUCUCAGGAGAUGUAAGUGAUGAAAUAGAAAGCUCAGAGGAAGAAGAAAACACAGACUUUUGGGGCAGUCAGCAUGAAGAAAAUGACUCAGACAUAGAAGAGAUGGAACAAGAUGUACAAUUACAGAGCUCAUGUACUGAGGAUUCCACCAAACAAGUGAAUAUGGAUGUUUCUGAAAGGGAAGAAGAUCCACAAGAAACAGCUGCUUCAGUACUAGAUGUGCCUGCAGCCAGUUGCCAAGAUCUGAUAGAAGAUGAAGAGGUGAACUCAGAAAAACAGAGAUCCAGCUGGUUGUGCUGCCUGAAAACAUGUUCUCUGCCUCACAUUUUAAACAAAAGUGAUAAUCAACCACAGGGUAAAAGAUGCAGUGAGGAUGGCUCUAUGGAUAUGCUUCAAAUGCACCCUGUUGAAUUUGGAUCUUCUUUGCCUGCUGAAGAGACUCUUGAUGAUCCCAUUGCUAAUGUACACUCUGAAGCUACAUCAGCUGCUGAAACAAAUGCUGAAGAUUCAGAUGAAGAAUCACUCCGUAGUGAAAAAGAAUCAGAAAAUCACAAUCAGGCAUGGUCAGACUCAGAGGACAAUGUUCAUUCGUUCUAUGACUGAGACCAUAAUCACUUGGGAUCUGUCUCAUUAUAUGGAAUUAUGGCAGGAAUUAAUGGUUGCUUCUACAGUGAGGUAUACAUUAAGAAGUGAAGGGAAAAAAAGAAAUAAUAUGUCUUAACAACUUUGUGAUGGGACAUCCAUCUGUUAUGGUCAUACCUAGAACAGCUGGGAGAAGAGUAUGAAAGAAGACAUAGAAGAAAAGUAAUGGAAUUUAAAAUAUUAAUCUUCGGUAAUCAAUCCUGCUAAAAUAAUUAAGUGUGGGCCUCACUUGGUACGUCUGGCAGUCAUCUCAGGAUAUAUACCGUAUAUUGUAUAUAUACACAACAGUUACCAGCUUGGAUUCCUUUCCUAACUUGCACUACAAUUGGAGCAUUUGCAAUCUACUACUGUAUAUGCCAAUAAGUGUGACACUCAGGCUUAAAGUGAUUUUAAAGUUGUUGUUUUUUUAAUAAUAAACAUGUUAUACU